UCCAAUAUGGCGUCGUUGGGAAGGAGGCGCGGUGUCCCAGUCAACAGGGAGAGGGGAGUAAUGGCGGCGACAGAGUGUUAUAUUGUCCAUGAGAUCUAUAACGGCGAGAAUGCACAGGAGCAGUUUGAGUACGAGCUGGAGCAGGCCCUGGAGGCGCAGUACCGCUACAUCGUGAUCGAGCCCACGCGCAUCGGCGAUGAGACCGCCCGCUGGAUCACCGUGGGCAACUGCCUGCACAAGACGGCCGUGCUGUCGGGCGCGGCCUGCCUGCUGACGCCGCUGGCGCUGCCCGUCGAGUACUCGCGCUACGUGGCCCUGCCCGCGGGCGCGCUCAGCCUGGCCUGCGCCGCCCUCUACGGCAUCUCCUGGCAGUUUGACCCCUGCUGCAAAUACCAGGUGGAGUACGACAGCCUGAAGCUGUCUCGCCUGCCGCUGCACACGCUCACAUCCUCCACGCCCGUGGUGCUGGUGCGACGGGAUGACGUUCACAGAAAGAGACUCCACAACACGAUAGCACUGGCCGCGCUCGCAUACUGCGCCAAGAAGAUCUACGAACUGUACGCCGUAUGAGCACCAGCGCACGCGCGCGCACACACACACACACACCACACACUACACACACACGCACACACACACACACACACACUACACACACGUACUGAUGCUCUCUCACACAUACACACGGUGGCAGGGAGGUGAGACAGUACUACUAAAUACACAAACACGCACACAUAUACACACACAAACAUACACACCCACACUCACACACAUGCAGAAACACUCAUACUCGACCACCAGGCGAAAACGGAUGGAUGAACGGACGGAUGGACAGACGGAGCGAGAGAAGAGUUCUCUGAAAGACGAAAGCGCUCUCCCUCUCUUUCCCUCCCGUCUCUGUGCUCAGCGCCGGCUGUCGCGUAAGGAAGGAAGCAGCGACAGGCGGAUGGACAGAGGGAAGAAGGGAUGGGGGUGUCUAGUUUAACGUGAAGGAAGAUUGUACCCUUCUCUUUUCUGUACUUUUAAGUAACGUUACCAGUUGCCACAACCGCCCCCGCCCCCUUACCCCGCCCCUUUCAUCCAGCGACCCCCCCCACCCCCCCAAACCCACAUUUUUCCCGCCACACACGCUAAGCUCCCGCGUCUGGGCAGUGGACAGUGGGACGGCGAGCGUGGGGCGAUCGGAGACGGACAGAAAAAGUCGAGACAUGUUUUAAGUAUGAUCUUUGACCUCCUUCACUCACCCUAAACCCCCCCCCCCUUCUGUAGUUUUACUGUAC